UAUGGAUAUAAAUAUCGCCCGCACUCCUGUCCGUGGAUCGCACGGUCGGGACACGGCCACUCCCGAGGGAGGCAGCGGCGGCCUCUCUCGGCUCGCAUCUCUCGGCCGUUGCCGUCGAGGGCGUGCCUCGGCCUCCGCUCGGGCGUGCGCACUCCUUGCUCUCGGCGAGGGCCCUCGCGGAGCAGCCUGGAGCACCUGGCAGAGCAGGCGCGCCACGGAGCCGACCGACGCACGGGGCACGGGCGUCCGCGCGACGGCAGGACGCGCAGCGCAGCUGACUUUUGGCGGGGCGCCGGGGGGCCCCAAGGUCCCCUCCCUCGGAGCCUCGAAGCCGACCUCGGCCGGGGCGCGCCCCGACCAGCCUCGUCGGGGCGAGCUCCGCCUCGGUGGCCUCGGUGGCCCCGCCACGGCCGCGGCGUAGUUGGCGCUGCAGGUCUCGCCUCGCGCUGCGAUGGGCCUCUCUGGCUCGAAGUUCGUCGACCCCGACGGGACGCAGAAGGAUGGGACGCGCCUCUGCGAGAUGAAGGUUCACCACAUGCGUGACGCGCACAGCGUCGCCGGCCUGACGCCGGACAACUUCGUCCCCGUCAGCAUCGUGCCCAGGGCCUCGCACUCCGCGUGCUGCUGCGGCUGCUGCUCCUGCUGCUGGACCUCGAUCCCCUCGGGCUUCAGCGCCAUCGUGUCCGCGUGGGGCAGGGACGUCGAUGGCGCCGAGGACGACGGAACCUGGGACCCCGGCUUUCACUGGAUGUGCCCGUGGCACCGGGUGAGCAGGCUGGUGUCCAGGCAGCUCGUCAUCUUCGACACCCCGGUCAAGGCCGUCAAGACGCAGGACAACGUCCCGGUGCAGCUGGACGUCUUGAUUGUGUUCGAGAUCGUGAAGGCGACAGACUUCAUCUACAACAUCGGGCCAGAAAAGUUCGACGACCUGCUGCGCUCUUCGCAGGAGGAGGUCCCCGAAGCUUGUACCGCACUCCGCCGGGCCCUCCCUGCGCGUCUGUCCGCCUUCUCAUGCUGGGCCGCGUGUUCGACGUCGGGUUUACUUUGGGAGAUAGUCUUGCACCCGAGCUCGCUAGGUCU